AUGCUGAAGUGGACGGCAUCGGCGCAGCGCCUGAACGAGAUUCCCGUGCACGACGAGGAGGCCAACCAGCAGCGGAUGCCGGCCCAGCGGAGCAGACUGCAGCGGCGACAGCGCCGCCAGCGCAGGGCCACCAUUGCCAACAAGGAGAACGUGCCCGACUCCGCCGUGGGCUACACCUCCACGCCAGUGCCCAUCGCCGCCCGGCUGCUCAACAGUCCGCUGGUGCUGGCGCCGCUCAGCGAUAUCCGGAACGUCACCCCGGAGGCGGUGGUGCGCAGCCAGGCGCCCCAACGGGUGCAGAGUGUGCGAUACGCCACCACAUUGCCCCGCUUCGCCGAGGACUACUCGCCCAACGGACUGCCCAGUGGCCAGCACCUGGCGCUGCGUGGCCUGGCGCCGCUGGAUCCCUUCCUGGGCCAACCGCGCUACAUAGUGGGUGCGGGUGCGGGUGCAGGAGUUGGCCAACUCAAGCAGCGUCGCCUAGACGCGGACUUUGUGGCCACCAUGGAGCCGGAGUUGCAGGAGCCGCAGGUGCUGGCCAAGGCGGAAGUGCGUCCAAGCCCGCCGCAGCCCGCCUCCUCCACGCAGAUGGGCGACCAGACCCUGGACCGCCUCAUCGACGCCAUCCUGGACUCCGCCUGCAAGGCGGACGCCAGCAGCAAGAAGAAGCCGCGCAGGUCCACCUUCAAUCUGCGCCGGCGCACCCUGGUCAAGCAGCAGAUGGAGUCGCACUGCCCCCAGGAGGUGCUGUCGCCAUCCUACGCACCCGGCGACGAUCCGGCCGCGGACCUGAGCUUCGGCCUGGUGCCCCUGCCCGUGCAGAGCCUGCUGGCCACGCCGGAACCGGCCUCGCCGCUGGCCAGGAUUCCACACAACUUGCUGGUCCAGCUGGCCACUCCGGUGGCCACUCCGGUGCCCGCCGCCGCCAAGCCUGCGCCAUGCGACAACACCUUCUGCAUGGAGACGCCGCUGAAGGCGCUGAAGCGCAGCCGCAAGGAGAUCGUCGCCAAGGAGUCGCCCAUCAAGCGCUUCAAGGUCGACGAGCGCAACUACUUCGAGGUGGGACUGGCCCUGCCCUCCUCCAUCUAUGUCUGA